AUGUUGAAGAUUCACAUGGAUGUGAUCAAGAAUCCGGGAGUGAACCUUUACCAAGGAAAAGACCAGCCAAAUAAAGGUAAAGGUAAUCAAAUGAUUGGAAUGCAACUCAGCCAACAAGGCUUCAGUGGUGCUCAAGUGCGCCAAGGGUUCGAUGCAACUCCAGCUCAAACUCCGCAGGUUGUGAAGACUGGCUAUUAUGAUACAUCAAAUGUCUUCCACGAUGCUAUCAAGGGAAAGGAUGAGAAUGGCAAUAAUGUCUAUCUUAUUCCAUGUCCUACUGGAACAACUAACGUCGAACUUCAAUCCGACUGGCACUAUGCUAGUAAAAGUGAAGACUUGCCAGAUCUUGCUACUGAAGCAGAUCGAGGUAUGCAGUUUAUUCAAAGCCGCAGAAUCGAAAGAGAUCCGCUUGGUUUGCUCGAUCACGUCAUCAUGGACAGUGGUUGCACAAACACCACCAUUUGUAAUGGUGAGCUCAUGCAUGGACUACGUCAAGCUGAGAAAGAGCUUGAUAUGCACACUAACGUGGGCAGCAGAGUUCUUGAUGAAGAAAGGUUUCUAGGAAGAUUUCCGCCUCCAGUCUAUUUUAAUGAAGACGGAAUUGCCAAUGUACUUGCUAUGCGCGAGAUGAUUGCUGCAGGAUACCGCAUAACCAUGGAUACUGAUUUUGACAAUGCCUAUGUUGUGCAUUGCGAUGGAGACAGACAGAUGCGAUUUGUGAAUCGUAAGGGUGUAUAUGUGUUGGAGCAACUUGGAGCGGAUGUCAAACCAGGUGCCAAAGAGACAAGUGUGAUGUAUCGUUGCCAGUUAAGCAACGUAAAUAAACAACCCCAUUUCGAACUUUCUUCAAAACAGAAUGGAUAUGCUGGACUUGGGAUGACUGCGAAGAUGGCAACGGUUCAAAAGAACAAGGAAGGAUUCACUCCAAGACAAGUCAAGGCUGCGAUGGAAGCGAGAAGUGCGAUGCACAUACUCAAUGCUCCAAGCACCAAAAGUCUGAAGUAUGCGAUCCGAUCUGGUCUCAUCAAG